AUUAGUCUCACAUUAGACGUCCAACCGAGAACAAGACUUGAUCCAAAAUAAACCAGCAGCAGAUUUGCAGAAGCUUGAGUCUCUAACCCAACACAAGGUUUUCCUAUCCAACCCUACCCUACAAACUACCGAAAAACACGACACACUCCCGAUUUCGGGCUUUUAUCUGCAUCCUUCUCUCCGCAAUGUAGUUACUAGUAGCAAGUUCUAUAACACUACUACCCUACAACAUCUCGGAUCAAUAUUUGGUGGCCUGGCGUCAAGCGGGAGUUUCAUUUACUCGCUGGAGAAAUCAAGGCAGUCAGUCAGUGAAAGUAAAGUACUAAAGUGCACUCGGUCGUGGUGUACAGUGGUGUGUCGGACGUGGUGGAGGCGACUACAGAGUGGUGAAGGACAGGAUAUAUAAGACGAUAAAUCCGUGGUUUUCUUACACCUUAAAAAAUAGACUCGAUCUGCUCAAUCUUGUCCAGGAGAAAGUUGUCCCCGUUAAUAAAUCCGCAUACAUAUUUAGACAUAUUCGUCUCCCAGAAAUACAUAAGUUUACCUCAUUUAUGUCGUUGUCACGUGACGUGUACAUUUUUCCAUUAUCUGAAAAAUGUUGCGACACGUCACUUUCUCCGGUAAUAAAGCUGACAUUAUUAACGCCCAGCAGCGAUCACUUUGUACAGUGACGACGACGCUCUUGUUACAAAUACCGUGAGCAAUUGGGUACAUACAUAUGUAAAAAUACACUGUUUAACAUAAUAUUUCGAAAAAAAAUGAGGUUGCCUUUCACUCAAACUUCUUCUUCUUUACUUUCAUUUAUAGUUAGUUAGAUAAUUUAAUGUCCCACUCUGCCAGACAAGUGCUCAUUUUCCUGUCAAUUUUCAUCAUCCGAGUCAAGUUAAAAGACGGCAUCGGUUCGAAAAGAUGGCUCAGUCUCUCUUCUUCUCACUUUCGUACUGGUGCUCACACUCAUGACAAGAAAGGAUAUUUGCAUACGAGAGAAAUAAAACUCAAAUUGAGGAAUAAAUAAUUCAGAAUGAUUUAAACCGGAAGUAAGAAAAGGUGGAUCACCUAAAUUCUACAGAAAUCUCAGUCGUGGUUGUGCUGCUACAUACAUUUUUUUACGGCCUGGUCGCAUAAUUACAGACAGACAGACACAUACACAAGACACACAAAUUGAAGGGAUUCUCUCAUUUUUGCGUGGAAUCCGAUAAUACUUAAUAAGUAACUAAAACAUAUGAAAUUCAUUAAUCUAAUUACAUAAUUGAGACAUAUUUAAAUAUAUAAAUAAGUAAAUAAGUACAUAAAAUAAUUAAAAAUGUUGGGAUUACUAAAGAGCAUGGAUUGGGAUAAUGUUAAGAGUCCUAUCCUAUUCGUGAGUGGGAUGCUGGUCGGUGUCAUUUUGGUGGCAAUAAUCUGGUAUAUCGUCCAAGUGAGGAAAGCUCAUGAAAAAAGACAACUCGAGAAGGAAGAAGGUGAACAAGACGAAGGGGACAGCGAGGUUGACCCUGAAGGGGAGAAUUAUCCUUCCGCAAUAAUCGUCGCGGACGCCAAGGGGGAUUAUCUGCUCGAAGACAAAUCGCAACUCGGGGGCAUCAUCGACUUCAAAAAGGUUCCUCGACGAGAAAGCGAGAGGCAAGCGGCCCGCAGAGAACUCGUCAUUACCAUGCUCAUCGCCGAAAGUAUGAGCAAAUGAGACAAAUUUUACCGGAGGGUUAAAUCUGAAGAUCGUGCAAGAAAACGGGCCGAUCGUGCCCGCCUACUACGGGACGAGUUCAACCGGCUGAGCCUUAUCCAUGACGUGUCCAACUAUUAUGGCCGAGUGCGGACCAAAGUUAAGAACAAUCUGGGGAACCAGUUACAACCUUGUCUUGGGGGCAUUUGCUCCGGCAGCCAUCAUCACCACAGCACCUACUUGGACGACACCUGCUCCAGCGCCCACCUCCACAUUUGAUGUGGACACGGAUCAAUAAUAAAAAUAUGCAGAGUACAACUUCUUAUCAGCAACGAUGAUAAUUUUGAUGUUCAACUAUUCAUGAAGACAACGCAAUUGCAAUACAGAUUCGAAUUAUAGAGUAAUCUUUAUUAUUAUUAUGAGUAUUAAGAGAGUCAAUUAUUAUUUGUCAUUAAGGCAGGAUUCGAUGACACAUCACUAAAA